AUGUGUAUAACGAUGGUAGAAGAUAAACCUGAUAUACAUCAACAAAGUGCCACUGAAGAUAUGGAAGAUCAUGAUAUCCUAGCAAGUGUCAAGCUGGAUGUUGCCGGUCCUGACAGGCCAUGUGAAGCAUCAUCUGAAUAUGUUACCGCAAUAUAUUCGUAUAUGCCUCAGCAUUCUGACGAAAUAAAGCUUCGGACUGGUCAGAAAAUUAAGCUUUUGUCCAAAGACUGUCGACAUUCAGGAGCUGAAGGAUGGUGGGUUGGCCAAGAACCGAACACUGGUUAUGUCGGUGUCUUUCCUAGUGGAUAUGUUUCCAAUACAGAUGUCGUAAAUGUUGCUUUGCCAGACAUGGAUAAAAUCCAUACUAGUUCAUGUGAUCCCAUCAAGCGUAGUGCUGAAAUAGUAGUGGAUAAGAAUACAGAUUCAGCCAUGGAGAUGAAAGACAUAGAUGAAACAACGAUAAAUAAACAGUCAUCUGAUGGUAAUAUUGUUCUCAGAAAGAGUCAUGUGAAAACAAUUCCUGCUUCUGAGUUGGUACAGCAACAGUUUAUCGGCUCUGGUGCAUUCGGAAAAGUUUAUCGGGGUCUGUGGCGUGGUCAGGACAUUGCGCUUAAAAUGUUUGAUCUUGCUACAAGUCAGGUAGACAAUGAAGCUUUACAUCUGUGUAGACUAUCACAUCGAAACAUUGUGAAAUUCUAUGGAAUCUGCAGGUUGGAUAACUCUAAUUUUCCUGCACUUGUAAUGGAAUAUGCCUAUGGUGGUUCUCUCAGUAUGGUUCUUAGCCAGCGGCCGUCACUUGGUCCUCUCAUUUUACUUGAUUGGGCUUUACAAAUAGCCAAUGGAAUGGUAUAUUUACACUCGGACGCCAGAAUUUGUCACAGAGAUUUGAAGUCUUCUAACAUUCUUAUCAGAGAACCUAUAAAAAGGCCGUUUUCAACAAAUGAACUUCAGGGAUGUACACUGUUAAUAACUGAUUUUGGAAUGGCUUGUCGUUCUAGUCAAUUAGCACCUCAGCAAUCAAAAUUAGGGACAGUAGCAUAUGCAGCACCAGAAGUUUGUCGUCAAGAGGGUUUUUCUUUCAAAUCUGAUAUAUGGUCCUACGGUGUUGUCCUGUGGGAAUUACUUACGUUAGAUGUACCGUUCCGUGCAAUGGAACAGCCUAGAUUGUUGUUCAUUAUCGCUAUGUAUAAUUACACAUUACACAUACCGCAAGGUGUACCUGAUCUUUUCGUUCAGUUAUUUAAAGAUUGUUGGUCACCUACUCCUACAAGUAGACCUACAUUCGAAAACAUCAUAGCCAGACUUGAAUCGUGUAAGGAUUGCAGUUUUGUUGACUUAGAGCCUAGUGAAUUAGCUCAAAUUCAACAAGGCUGGCGUGAACUCAUAGCAGCUCAUCACAAUGAAGAACAACAGUCUGUAGCUGAAGCACUGUCAUCAUCAUUUAAAAGCGGAAGUUUAGAUUUUACAAGCGAGCUUUUAACACAGUUAGAGUUGUUACGCAACUAUCGUGAAUCUUUGGAUAGGGUGAAAGCAGAUCUAGUUGAAAGAGCUCAUCAACUUCAUAUGAAAGAAGAGUUGUAUAAUCGAAUGGCCGGCACUAUGGGUCAACAUUUCAUGCUGCUGGCUGUUCUGGCUGCCAACCAUUUAAAAGAUCCUACCCAUACAAACCAAGUCGUCCAGCCUAAACCACCUCCGCCUAGAAAACGCCCAUUUGUUCGUAGCCUUUUCAGACGAUGGGGAAGUAAUGGAAAUCCAUCUACAGAGGCUGAUUUUAUACAUCAAGGCGCCUUUUACGCGAAUAGUCUUCAUGGAAAGGAUCGUAAACGCUCUGUCAAUUAUGCACAGCCUAAUCGAUCACAUUUUGAUGUAAAUACAAAUAAUGCUACAGAUUCAAAUUCCUCCGUUUUCGAUGAUACUCUACCAUCUUCUCGUAGAGUCGGUUGCAGUCAAGGGGGAAUACCUUUAAUUUCACCACCCACAGACAUGAAACAUGUAGUUCAUGUGGAUUCUGAUUGGUUUACAGGUCAAGGCUUGUGUGAAUCAACAAUGAGGUUGUUUCCCUCUGCAACAUUCACAAAUUCACCGAUUGGAUUAAAUAUUGAUAGAUGUCGUGAUGCUUCAUUGAGUUCCUGUUAUAGUUCUCAGAUAAGGCCGUUUACGAACACAAAGUCGGAUAGUGAUGUAGCAGAGAAAUCUAAUACGAAGUCGUUACGCCUGCAUUCUUGUGGGAAUACUGUUACAGAUCUUCAGUCAAACGAACAGCGUUAUGCUGCUAAUGCUCAAACUAAUUGUCUUCAUUUUCAAAGGAAUUUCAAUAGGCUGCCGAGAAAGUCGAAUUUGGUUCGAAAGUUUGAAAAUAAAAACAAUUUGGACUUUCUGCAGAAGUCCAGCAAUCAUUCAGUUGGAUUUAGUAAUUUUUUCACACCGUUCACCUCCUAUCAAUAUGAAAUGAACAACUGUAAUGAGUGUUUUCACAAUCUUACAACUUCAAAUACCCUUGAUAACAGCGAUGAUUGUAUAAAUGUCCCAUUAAAUCCUGUCCAGCCUAAUGAUGUUUCUCCUUAUGGUCCUUUAAAAACGCAUUUUACAGUGUCACCUGUACAACAUGACUCCAGACGUAACCAGUUGCCUGAACAUUAUAAUUCCAAAGUUACACAACCAAAAUUUGAAAUGAAAAUUCCCAUGCUGGACAAUAGUAGUUCACCACUCAAUGAGAGACGUCGGUCUGCUUCCGGUCCUGUCGCUUCCUACGAUUUAAAUGCCAAGUGUAAUGAUUACUUGGUGAAUAGCAAUGACAGGAGUUCACUUGGUGGAAUGCCUAACGAUUUCCUUUAUAUGAUUUGUAAUCCAACUGUACCGUUAUUGAGAUCUGAUUUUACUGGACAGCCAUCUAGAAAGUUUCUGUCAACUGUGAAUCCACCUACUACUGUUGAUUUUCACCCAGAUUUGAACUAUUUUACAGAAGAUCCACAUUCUUCCAAAGGCAUAAGAUUUUCAGUUAUUGAAAAUGUGCUAAUGUCAGCUUUUCGUUUGGCAGCUUCAUUUUGUUUUUGUGGUGUUGAACCUGACAUCAAUGACGCGAAAGUUAACGCUUUAAUUCCUUACAAUCUCAAACCAAUCUCAUGCGUUCCUAAAUUGAGAAAUACUUUGAAUUCUAACACAUAUUUUGAUUCACAGUCAAAUUUGAGUCAUUCCAAGUACAAAAGUACAACAAAGUGUACUGGUAACGCAUUAGUACUUUCGGGACAAAAUGCAUCUAAUUUCCGACAUGUUUCCUCAGGUAAUUCAGUAUACCCUAUAGAUAAACGCAAGUAUAAGUUCUCAAUUCAAGAUACUCGUCGUAUACAGAGUGCUGAUCGCUGCCAAAAUUCCAAACACACUACUUCUUCAGCAUGUCCUGUUUGUGUGAAUAUGGGGCUGGAUUCAAUUAAUCCUUGUGAAGCACUUCUGGACCAUCAGGCUGAAUUUGGGGAUCCUCACUCGCCUUUUUUGGGCAUGUUAGCAGGAAGUGGAAGACGACCGAACGUAAAUCGAACAUUUAUGGAGGUUAAUAAUUCUGAUAUUUCUGUUUUUUCGGAGCAGCAUAAGUUAAUUUCAAACGACAAGAAGGAGAGUUACUUCACCUACAAACAUGAAGAUUUACCUGCAGAUAAUAAUCAUACUACGUGUAAAACACAUUGUGAUGACGGGAAACAACGGCUUGCUCACUUCAGUGAAUAUAAAAAGAAUAGUGAUACUAAUUAUAAUAAUAAUAAUUCGAAUCACCUUAUUUAUGGUAAUUCAUCCAAUGAAACGGUACAUUGUUGUAAUCAAAAGGAAUUGUGCGAGAAGAAUAAAUCCACAGGUAAAUUGAAUUGUGCAUUUCGUUGCUCACAUCUUUCCGUUUGCAUUGACUGUUGUCAAAAUAUACAAAAUAAAAAUGUUGAACUAACCAGUAACAAUAGUCGAACAAUACUGCCGCAUAUAUUAACUUCUUCACAUUUAACACAUAAAUGGUCAUUAGAUCAUACUAAAACAUUAGAUAAUAAUAAUCUGUCUUCUCCGUCUAAUUCAUUCAUCUCUUCUCGAAAAUUUUCAUCAGAAUAUCAACCGAGUGUGAUGUCAGUACCUGAGUCUUCUGGUGUUUGUAUAUCUUCACCUGACAGCCAGUAUUAUCAUUCUUCUGUGUCAAUGAAUCCUGUUGGUGUAUCACGUGAUGCUUAUUUAAAAGCUACUCAAGACGGCUUUCUAAACCGGACUGUUUAUGAACCAGCUGCGGAAUCUAAAUUUUGUUAUUCUUCUUAUUCUAGUCAAACAUCUCGAACAAAUUCUUUAAAACGUUCAGAUAAUGACUAUCCUUUUUCUAACUCUUGUGCGUAUUCAAUUAUCCAUGAACCAUUUCUCAAUGAUGAUCCAAAUUCUGAAUCUGAGUCAGACCUGGAUCAGUAUGGUAAUACAUACCAAUUAGACUAUUCUAGUUUCAUACUGCGGUCUACAUCUUCGUCACCAAUAAACUCAAACCUACCGCAGAAUCCGUUAUCCCCUUCAAAAUUACAGUUAAAUAUUUCUGAAAAUGAGAGUAAAUUAUUUCAAAAUCUGAAUCCAGAAGUUCAUGGCGGUGCAGACGAAGAGGAUCGCAUAACUCUUGUACCUAUAGAUAGUGAGGAAACAAAUAAUACAAUUCAAAAUUCACUGAAUAUAAAUGGUUCUGACAGCAGAAAGACUUUUGUCGAGACAUGUGGAAGUGACUCAUUAUCUAACAAAACUACCAAAAAAGUUCUUCAUCGCAGUCAAGCAAUUCGAGAACGUCACAGACCUCCAUUCUUAACUCUUUUCCGAAACCGGUCUCUUCCAAAUUGUGCCGAUAAUGAAAGCCCAUCUCCAGAGUCCCGUUCAUUUCUGAUUUGUCCUUCAGAUGGUACUAUGCACGAAGAGUACCAGUGUCCUCGACAAAGUCAAGGUUCGGAAAGUCCUUGUGGACCCUUUGUUUCACUUCACUCUACAUUUCUGUAG